AACGAAGCCCACAGCCCCACAUGCGCGAAUGCUAUUUAUACGGCAGGCAAAUGCUGUGUCGCAGCCGCUGCAAACUAGGGUUUUGCCGCCGCCACCUCACCGCCGUCCUCCCUCGCAAACCCUAACAACCCCUCUGCCGCCGCCGCCACCGCCACCAUGUCCGGGAGGAAGAAGACGCGGGAACCCAAGGAGGAGAACGUGACGCUCGGCCCCGCCGUCCGCGAGGGCGAGUACGUCUUCGGCGUCGCGCGCAUCUUUGCUUCCUUCAACGACACCUUCAUCCAUGUGACGGAUCUGUCCGGGAGGGAAACUCUUGUCCGCAUCACUGGUGGCAUGAAGGUUAAAGCUGAUCGUGAUGAGUCCUCACCUUACGCAGCUAUGCUUGCAGCACAGGAUGUUGCUCAAAGAUGCAAGGAGCUUGGAAUUACUGCUCUGCAUAUUAAGCUUCGUGCUACUGGUGGAAACAAGACCAAAACUCCUGGCCCUGGUGCUCAGUCCGCCCUGAGAGCACUUGCUCGAUCGGGCAUGAAGAUUGGUCGUAUUGAGGAUGUCACUCCAAUCCCGACUGACAGCACCCGCAGAAAAGGUGGUAGAAGGGGAAGGAGGCUGUAAUUUCAAGGCGUAGUGUGCUGUCGUCAGAUGUAGCAGUUCUGGCCUGUUUGUGUUCAUGUACUGAACGUGUUUUGAGGCGUCUGUUUUUGGAUGAUGAUAUAUAUGUAUUGGACAUUUAUUUCAACUCGUGAACGUGUUCCCUGUUUAAUCUU